AUGACCUACGGAGGUGCUGUAGAAUCCGGUGGAGGAAGAGCCACUGUUGGAAGAAAGAGAGGACAAAAGGGUACUGAGAUUGGUGAACUAAUUCUUUCUCCGUACAAGUAUGCAAUUUGCUUCCAAGUCAAGGUCAACUUCUUCUUGGCGAGUAUGGUCAACUUGAUCAACGAUUCCGAUGCAGCUGCAUCUCUUGUUACUAUAACUUGA